AUGAGCCCCCUUGGACCUGUACUGCCCCCUCCCCUCUUGAUGGGAGCACAAACUCCAGAUCCAGGCAGGCCCUUCAAAAGCUACAGGAAGCCUACCUCACCCAAAGACCUGUGGAUCCUCCUGGGUCAGAAGAGCUUUGUAAAGUCACCUGGUCUCCCCUCCUCGUGUCCUGGUGCUGGGGUCCCACCUCCACCCUCCUUCCUGAGAGUCACCACACCUAAGGACCACAGCACCCUCAGCGGAGCGGUUUUGCAAGGACUGGGCUUUCUCCGUGGGGUGAAAGGUAACACAAGCGGAAAGACACACAAGCCCCUGAGCAUUUCUUCUCACGCAUUCCGCUCUCCUGGACAACCCAGGAACCCAGGUAACCCGAUCUGUAUGUGGGAAAGUGCUGCCGCCUUGUGGCCCUUGCCUGUAACAACACUUCAAAACCUGCAGCUUAUGGGCACUUCCUAG